AUGUCAUUUGAAACUCCUACUAACUUCUUCCAUAUUCUUGGAGACAAGUAUAAUGAGGCUGUUUCCAACAGCAAAAUCUUUUUCAACGGAUCGUCAGCUACAAAUGAGGUCGUCCAUCAAUUAUUGGGAGAUUCGACAGUGGAUUUCCAGUAUACCCUUCUUCACUCUUUGCAGCAUAGGCCCGAAACGGGCUCAAUUGAAAAAAAUCCGUUUGCUAAACCAGAGCCAGAAUUGACAGUUUUGGAUUCUUACGGACCCAACGAAGAAUUUAAAAUUGUUCUUAACAAGUUCCCCGUUGUUGCCCAACACUUUAUGAUAGUUACCAAGGAGUUCAAAUCUCAGGAUUCCCCCUUAUCCCCAAGUGAGCUUCAAGGGACAUAUAUCAUUCUUCAAUCGUUAAAAGCUAGCGAUAAACAGAAUGAUUGGUUUGCUUUCUACAACUGCGGUCCUCAGAGCGGAGCUUCACAGCCACAUAAACAUAUUCAAUUCAUGUCGUUGCCAAAUAAAGAAGAUUUUGUGCCUUUUGCAGAACAAUUGAUCAUGAGAUCUGCUGCAUUUCUUCCAAAUUCACAGCAGGAACCAUUGCAGAAUGCAGACAUUCCCUUUGCACACUUUGUCGCAAGACUCCCGGAACAGCACCAAUUACAGGAGGGCGAACUUGCCCUUUACUUUGCCUCACUUUUACAAAGAGCACUCACAGUUUCACGACGCAACGAAGCCGAACAUAUUUCUUACAAUUUCAUCUGUACAACGAAGUAUAUGAUGAUUGUUCCCAGGUCAAAUGGGAAAUAUAAGAACUCUUUGGGCAUUAAUUCCUGUGGCGUUCUUGGAUUAUUCUUAUGCAAGAAUGAAGAAAUCUUGGAUCUUGUUAAAAAAGAUGGCCCGGAAACUAUUUUGCAGCAUUGUGGAUUUCCAAACACAGCUGGUCAAGGUUCAGAUGAAUAUCACUACUAG